UUUACAAAAAGAGACUACGGAUAAAAAUGCGACAACUCUGGCACUUAUUGAGGUAAUGGGAGUAGAUCUCGCUUGCGUGAAGACAACGAUGGAAAAUUUAAUGAGCCAAGUAGAAGAAAUCAGACAUUCUGGACGUGGUGGAGGUGGGAGUGCGAAUAUAAAUUUACCAGAAAACUUGAACGAAAUGUUUGAAGCAUUAAAGAGGCAAUUAGUAACGUAUGAGGUUAGGCUGGCAGAAAUGGAUUUUCGAUUUCAGUCAGAAGAACGAGAUGCAAGCCAUGUUUCUCUCACCGGCCCAAUGCCACCUUUAUCGGAUUCAUCAGAAAUCGGCAAUUUCGAGAAUGAAGAACAAUAUCAAUUUGUGCAACUUCGACGAUGGGUACAAGAACUUCAUAAUGACCAGACGAUCACAGCAAAUCAAAGAAACCAAGUGUAUACAAUAAUUACAAAUCUUCAGAGAAUUGUUUCUAUGGAAGCGAAUGAAAAUGCAACAACAAGGGCGCAAGUUAGAGCGAUGAAAACGGAUACGGAUGCAAUAAAAACCGCUGUGGUCACUCUGAUGAGACAGUCGGAGGAGCGUACGCGUGUCGCACAGGGCGGUGAAGUAGCAAAUCCAAGCGUGCCAGACAACUUGAACGAAAUGUUUCAAGCAUUAGAGCGGCAAUUAGGAACAUAUGCUGUUAACCUUGCAGAAAUGGAUUUGCGAUUUCAGGCUUUGGAAACAACCAAUUGCGAUGGUAAGCUUGUGUGGAAGAUUCGUGAUUUUGAGCGGCAUCGAGAUGAUGCAAAACGAAUUCGAGCUCUUUCGAUAUACAGUCAACCGUUUUAUACAUCACCACACGGUUAUAAAAUGUGUCUGAGGGUCUACUUAAACGGAGACGGAAUGGGAAAAAACACUCACAUCUCGUUAUUCUUCAUUCUGAUGAAGGGAGAACACGACGAACUCCUAUCUUUUCCUUUUCGCCAAAAGGUGACGCUGAUGCUUCUUGAUCAGGGACCAGAUCAACAACAUUUGCUGGAUGUUUUUCGACCAGAUCCAACAUCGAGUUCGUUCAAGAAACCGACUUCAGAUAUGAAUAUGGCUUCUGGAUUCCCAAAGUUUGUUGCACAGGAUGAUAUAAAUGGAAGCUCCUACGUGAAAAACGACACCAUUGUUAUUCGUGUAGAGGUUGAUACGACGGCUUAAACACAUGCUACCACAUUGUGCACAAAAUCAGAAUAUUCCUGUACAGAAGGCAUGAAAUUGUCAUGAAUAGAUUGUUAAUUUUUAAAAU